AUGAGGGCUGCCGUCAUUUCCCCGGGAUCCAAGGUGGUCCCCGAGGCAUCCGCGCCCCCAUCAACCGGCCUUCAGGGAUGGGAUGAAGGGGCAGGACAGGAUCCCCACCUGGAGAAGGCGAUACCCGGCCCACCCACCGGCGCCUGGCCAGCAAUCCACGCCAGAGCACAUGGAGGAUACCCAGGCAGAAAAGAGAGGAGAAGGCGGAAGCAGGAGAGCAUCAGAAGCGGCCGCGGGGCAGCGUGGGAUCAGAGCCCCGCCUCCCCUCCUCCCAGGAGGCUACGCCCCGGGAGCCGCGCCAUAGAGAAAAAGUUUGGGACCCACCUUCCGCCCCAUUACCCAGCACCUGGAAGGGAUCGUGUGGAUGAUGAGGUGCUGGUCAAUCCAAAGGUUUUCCCUCAAAUCUGUCUUGGAGACGUCAUUGAAAUUGCACAUCCCACAGAUGAGUUCAGUCCCCUUUUAUUGCAAGUUAAGAGCUUAAAAGAAGACCUUCAAAAAGAGACAAUUAGCGUGGAUCAGGCAGUGGCACAAGCCUUCAGACUUCGUGCAUAUCAAGAUGUCGUAAUUAACAUUGUUGAGCCAAAGGAUGUCACUGUAGACCUCAUGGAACUGACCUUUAAGGACCAGUACAUUGGCAGAGGUGACAUGUGGCGGCUAAAAAAGAGUUUGGUGACCACAUGUGCAUAUGUGUCACAGAAAGUGGAGUAUGCUGGAGUCAGAUCCCAAGUUGGCGAACUGUGGGUAAAGGGAGAGAAAGUGACCUGUGGAUACAUCAGUGAAGAUACCAGGGUUGUGUUCCGAUCCACAUCUGCAAUGGUUUACAUCUUCAUCCAAAUGAGCUGUGAGAUGUGGGACUUUGACAUAUAUGGUGAUUUGUACUUUGAAAAGGCUGUGAAUGGUUUCCUUUCUGACCUUUUCGGCAAGUGGAAGGAAAAGAAUUGCAAUCAUGAAGUGACAGUUGUGCUCUUUUCACGUACGUUCUACAAUGCCAAAUCAAAAGAUGAAUUUCCUGAGAGUCUGAGAGCAUCCAUCCAACAGGAUCUUGAAGGACGUUUUUAUGAAGACUUCUAUAGAGUUGUUGCUCAGAAUGAGAGGCGCGAUGACUGGGCGUCCUUAUUGGUCACUGUCAAGAAUCUCUUCAUUCAGUAUCCUGUCCUGGUGCGACUUAAAGAAGGAGAUGGCUUUCCCACUGGAUAUAAUUCAACUUCUGCUCAGGGAAACUACUUGGAAGCCAUCAACCUUUCUUUUAACGUGUUUGACAAACAUUAUAUCAAUCGUAACUUUGACCGGACUGGUCAGAUGUCAGUGGUCAUCACCCCAGGAGUCGGAGUUUUUGAAGUUGACCGUCUGCUCAUGAUUCUGACCAAGCAACGGAUGAUUGAUAAUGGUAUUGGUGUUGACUUGGUGUGUAUGGGAGAGCAGCCAUUACAUGCAGUACCGCUCUUUAAGUUGCAUUAUAAAUCGCCACCUGACUUGUGCGUGGGGAAUGACUAUCAUCUGCCUCACUGGAUCAACCACAGCUUCUACACCUCUAAAAGUCAGAAUUCAUGUAAUACCUUUAUUCCCCGACUCAAGCUCGCUGGUCACAAGCGUUAUUUUGAAAAACUCAAGCGAGCCAUCGAUCAAACUUUGUGUAUACAAAAGGAGUGUGACAAUGGCCUGCCGAUGCAAGUGGACUACGAUGCCUAUGACUCUCAGGUUUUCCGACUGCCUGUUCCUUCACUGAUUCAGAGAAGCCCCGGUUGCAGGGUGGGUCGGGCUAAAGAAAGAACGGGAAAGAAAAACUGUGGCUCAGUUGAUGUCGCAACUGGCAUAGGCACAUCACCUCCUUUGUGCUUUGCUGGUGCUGAUGAACAACAUAGCCUGGCGUCUGAUGAUAGUCUGGGCCCGGUGUCCAACUCCAACAUGUUUUUGAUACCCAGGAUGCCCUCUAUGGCUUACGAAAUCAGUAGUUCACUAGGAUGCACCUGUGCCAGAGAGUCAAUUGAGAAGACGACGGACUCUCAACGAGACUCAAGUGCCCCUGCUCGCUUCACGGUGGGCAGCGCAGAGUCCAGCCUGUACCUGCAGCCGGGUGGUUAUACUCCCCAGAGAGCGCUUAUAAAUCCCUUCACACCAACCAGGAUCCCAAUGAAACUCACGUCAAACCGUCGUCGUUGGAUGCACACAUUCCCUGUUGAUCCUUUUGGAGAAGCUAUUCAAAUCCAUCACCAGACCAGGAAGGACGUUGCUGAGUUGCAAGACAGCUAUCUGAGAGAUAUUGGCUACACAUCAGCUGAACUGCUGGAACUCUCAUGUCAUGAGUCCACAGAAAGGGAAACUUCCUACCAACAAGCAGAUGAGAAUGCUCCGUGCAUUAGUGGAGUGGCAGAAGAAUACACUCCUAGCAGUAUUGUUGUACCCAGCUUCUGCUGUACCGUGGGAGUUGACUGGAAAUCUCUGACCACACCAGCCUGCUUGCCCCUCACCACUGACUACUUUCCUGAUCGUCAAAUGCUACAAAGUGACUACACCGAGGGAUGCUAUGACUUACUGCCACACAGUGAUCUGGAGAGGCGAGAAGAUGAAGCGUCGGGGAUGAAUGCGACGCAAGUCUUCGAAGAGUUUGUCUGUCAGAGGUUGAUGCAAGGCUAUCAGAUCAUUGUCCAAUCUAAUAGGCGGAGACGGCAGCCCUCAGUGGCUACUCCGCUUGGCAGCAGUCCUUUAUACACCAGAGGUUUGGUUUCACUGCGUCGAGGAGAUGAGGAAGAGGCAGUUUACUGGCUAAGUAUGGGUAGGACCUUCCAUAAAGUUUGCCUCAAAGACAAGAUACUCACAGUUACUCGAUAUUUGCCAAAAUACCCAUAUGAGUCCGGUCAUAUUCAGUACAGUUACAACCUGUGUCCUCCACACGUGGAUGCUCAGUUUGUCCCUUGUUGGGUUGAGUUUUCACAUGAAAGACCCGAAGAAUAUAAAUGGAAUUACUUGGACCAAUACAUUUGCUCCAGUGGAUCUGAAGACUUCAGUUUGAUCGACUCUCUUAAGUUCUGGAGGACAAGAUUUCUCUUACUCCCAGCUGGAGGAGCGCGCCGUUUGGCUGACGGAGAUGGGCGCUGGGAUGUGUAUGGUGAUGGAGCUAAUGCGGGAAUGAAUAGCGGCGAUUGGGUCCUGCUAGAUAACUUCAUUCGCUUCCUUGAAGGAGUCAAUCGUAUCCGACGGCGUCAUCGUUCUGACAGGAUCAUUAGACAGAAAGGUACCCAAAUGAAGACAAUGCAUUCUGUCCUUUCAUACCCUCCCGAACCCUUGGUCCCUCCCCAAGGCAAAAAAGGAACAUCAGUUUUAUCAGCUUUACUGGAGAUGGAUCAGAACCAUCGGUCAUUGGAGGAGCAACAGCAGAAGCCCAAGCCCGUCACAUCUGUUUCUGAACUCUACAAUGGAGAAAGUCAAUGCAAGUUUGCUGCGGAAUACAGUGAAGCAGUGGACAAAGUAGGACUGACAGCCGGCACAUCUGUACAGUCUGGAGCAGAGACCGCAUCUGGCAGUAACAUUGACCCGAGAUUAGCAGCAUGCAGUGGGCAGUCUGUAAUGGAAGACUUUUUUCUGUCCUCUUCGUCAACACUUUUGGAAAUCCUCGAGGCCAUCAAAAAUCCCACGACCGGUGUACUACUACUCCCAGAGCAGAGGGGCCUGCCAGUCAACUGUUUCAUAAGCGCUGAGGUCAUCCACUGGCUAGUCAACAAUGUUGAGGGCAUAGCCACACAGAGCAUGGCUGUUGAACUUAUGCAGAAAAUGCUUGAGGAAGGUUUGGUGGCCCAUGCAUCUGGAGAUGCAAUGCGGACCUUUGUUUAUGGCUUCUACAUUUAUAAGAUUGUGGAGGAGAAGGAAGGUGAAAGCAUCUCACAGCUACCCCAGUCGGCGGCUUGUGGCUGGUCCCCUGCAGCCCUGGAAGACUUGUCCCUCUUUCAGAAAAAAUGGUUUGAGGUGGCCUUCGCGUUAGAGGAGCAACAACCCUGUGACCUACCGGCAUUCCUCUUACCCUGGUUGCCUAGUCGACCAGCCUCUUAUGCAAGCAGGCAUAGCUCUUUCAGUCGCAGUUUUGGCGGACGCAGUCAGUCAGUUGCACUGCUAGCUGCCACAGUUCCAGAGCAAAAGACAGUUACUUUGGAUGUGGAUGUGAAUAAUCGCCGUGGAAGAACUGAGUGGUGCACCUGUUAUUAUCAUGGCAACUUCUCCCUCAAUACUGCCUUUGAGAUCAAACUUCAUUGGAUGGCUGUCACUGCAGGAGUCCUCUUUGAGAUGGUUCAAGGUUGGCACAGAAAAGCGGCAUCCUGUGGUUUCUUAUUGGUCCCUGUGUUGGAGGGUCCGUUCGCACUGACAUCACACCUCUACGGAGAUCCACUUAGAGCCCAACUCUUCAUUCCUCUGAAUAUUCAUUGUCUCAUGAAGAAUGGUUGCGAGAAUCUGUUUGAAGGUUUUGAACCAGAAACCUACUGGGACAGGAUGCAGCUUUUUCAAGAGGCCAUAUUAUACAGAUUUGGGUUUGUACUCGACAAGUUUUCGGCUUCGUCAUUUAAUUUCCCUUCGGAGAACAGGCCUCAGUACAUCCAUUUAACAGGCACUGUGCUGCUACAAGUGCCGUACUCCAAAAGAAAGUAUACCAGUGGACAACAACGUCGCCGCAGGAACUCCACCACAUCCAACAGCCAGGGGUCAAUCAGUGGUGAGGACCGGGUGGGCUACUAUUGGGCCUUCAACACUAUGUUAACAAAAGCCUGGAGGACUGGCGCUCUGGGUGACGAGAGGCUGGUUGACCGCCUGCUCAAAGACUUUACAGACUUCUGUGCCAAUAAAGACAAUAGGCUGCUGAACUUCUGGGACUCUUGUCUGGAGAAAGUUAAUAGCAGCGCCCCCUAA